AUGACGACUAUCAGCUUACAGCAAUCACCGUCCUUGGAUCCAAAGAUCAAGAAUUGGAAGGAUGUAGGGUAUUGGGGGUAUUCAGCUUUCCUAGCAUCUGACAAUGAUUUCAUGGUCUUUCGUCGAUUUGGAACACUCAACGCACGACUAUUGCUGCGUUUGCAGGAUCAGAUUGCAGAGCUGGAAGAGAGCUUGGAGGCAUUGGAAAGAAAACAUGUCGGUCCAACAGCUCCCGAUACCAACAACGGGACCUUUAGGAAAGAUCCAUUGUCGGAACGGAAAACAAUUUUGGACGAAAUAUACAGCCGGGUUAGGGAAUAUAGUAACGUCGUAGAUGAGCUGCUCAUCCAGAACUCCACGCUUCGAGACCAGCCCACGGUCGCCCCACGUCAUGUAGAGUCGUUGAAAUUCUGGCAUGAGAGCGCUCAGUACGCGGUUGAAGAUGCCGAAAAGAGGUAUCUGAACCAGUCUCAUGAUCUAAUUCGAGUAGUGCCCAAGUACGUGGCUCCACUGCGGCGCUUACUCGAAAAAUCAAGCAGGUUUCGACUGUCCAAAUUCUGGACUAUGAAGAUUCCUCCCCUGCCACAGCAUAGCACACAUCCGGAAGAGAUACACUACUCUUCGGAUGCGAAGAUCGACAACUUGGUCGGCGUCACCAUAACUAUGCUGGGUAUGAUCAUGCUGGUGACACCGCUGUGGAUACUCAACGAGACAUCUGGGCUGAGGGCGAGGUUGGCAAUUAUAACAGGAUUUGUCGUGCUAUUCUUGGGCUUUGUGGCCUUCACGAAGGUCGCAAAGCCAUUUGAGAGUCUGGCAGCUGCGGCAGCAUAUUCAGCUGUUCUGGUCGUAUUUCUCCAGACUGGUACUGGGACGUGA